UCCAUCCCAAAACACUCGCAUUUUACUAGCUAAUUCCAAUUUCCAACUUUGGCUAGGGCUUCGUGAAGCUUUUGUACUAUGGCUUCCAAGACCUAUGCAACAGUUGCUCUAGUUCUCUCCCUCAACAUCGUCUUGGCCUCCUUGGUCACUGCGGGGCCGCCGAAGCCAACCUCAAACUUCACGGUGGUUUCUUGCCCUAUAAACGCCCUCAAAUUAGGCAUCUGCCUCGACUUACUUGAUAGCCUUCUCAAUAUCACCAUCGGCAUGCCUCCAAAAGAGCCGUGCUGCUCUCUCAUUGCUGGCCUUGUCGACCUAGAAGCCGCCGUUUGCCUUUGCACGGCCAUCAAAGCCGAUGUCUUGGGCAUUAACCUCGACAUUCCGCUCUCUCUGACCUUGCUCCUCAACGUUUGUAGCAAGAAGGUCCCUCCAGGUUUCCAAUGUGCUUAAGCGUGAGAGGUCUUGAAUAAUAAGAGUUUGGAGUCCGUUUGAUUAUGUUAUGACUGUGUUGGGUGGUGUAUGUUAAAAGCACUAAAAAUGCCUAAAAUAAUGUUGAGCUUACGCUUAUGGGUUAUGAACUGAAUAAGGGUUUGUCUUACACCAUGUGC